AUGGCCACAGCUGCGGCAGCUCGGCACGUGAUCGCGGUGCCAUACCCCGGCCGUGGUCACAUCAACCCCAUGCUCGUCGUGUGCCGCCUGCUCGCCGCCGCGGACGCCGCCAUCAGCGUCACCGUCGUCGUCACGGAGGAGUGGCACGCGCUGCUGGCCGCCGCGGGGGUGCCCGACACGCUCCCCGACCGCGUCCGCCUCGCCACCAUCCCCAACGUCAUCCCCUCCGAGCGGGACCGCGGUGCCGACCUCGCAGGCUUCGUCGAGGCCGUGCAGGUCAAGAUGGUGGAGCCCGUCGAGCGGCUGCUGGACCGCCUGACGCUGGAGCAGAAGCCGGACGCCAUCGUGGCCGACACCUUCCUGAUUUGGGGCGUAGCGGCCGGAGCUGCGUGGGGCAUACCGGUGUGCUCGUUGUGGACGCAGCCGGCCACGUUCUUCUUGGCGCUCUGGCACCUGGACCGAUGGCCGCCGGCGGAUGGUGAUCAAGGGGAAGAAGGCCUCAGCUGCAAGUCCUUGGAUCAAUAUUUCCCAUUCCCAGCCCUCUCGUCAGUAAAAUGUUCUGAUGUCAAGAUCUUCCGCUCAAUGGUGCUGCCAAUGAAACGAUGCGCACAAGUGUUCUCCAACGUGCGCAAGGCACAGUGUGUCCUCUUCACCUCCUUCUAUGAGCUUGAAACCGGUGCCAUCAAUGGAACAAGGCAAGUGGUUCCUUACCCCAUAUAUACAGUUGGUCCCUCAAUUCCAUAUAUGCCACUGAAGGGUGAUUCAGACAAGCUUCACCAUGAGAACUACUUUGAUUGGCUGGAUGCCCAACCAAGAAACUCGGUAUUGUACGUAUCAUUUGGCAGCUAUGCUUCGAUGCCUUCGUCUCAGUUGGAAGAGGUUGCCUUGGGGCUGCAUGAAAGCACAGUUAGGUUCUUCUGGGUGGCCCGGGACAGAGCUACCACUACCACCCUCCAGCAGAUCUCUGGUGACAAGGGUUUGGUGGUGCCAUGGUGUGACCAGCUGAAGGUCCUGUGCCACCCCUCCAUCGGUGGCUUCCUGAGCCAUUGUGGAUGGAACUCGACCCUGGAGGCCGUGUUCGCUGGAGUGCCUAUGCUUGCUUUUCCCCUUUUUUGGGAUCAGUUGGUGAUUGGUCAUCUCGUUGCCGAUGAAUGGAAGAUUGGCAUCAACUUGAGGGAACAGAGAAGGGAGGAUGGUUUUGUCAGCAGGGCCGCAAUCUCUGAUGCUGUAACAAAGCUUAUGGAUUUGAGCGAUGCUGAUAGCCUAGAGAUGAGAAGAAGAGCUGCAGAAUUGAGAGAUGCUUCACACAGCGCAAUUCAGGAAGGUGGAUCUUCACGUUGUUCUUUGAACAAUUUCGUUAGAGAUAUCAUCGAAGGAAGACUGAAUGUUGCAGAAACUUCGCAGUAG